GUACGUGUGGCGUGCGGAGGGUAGUAGUGUGCUGAGUGCUGUCAGUUGUACCUUAGCGUACCAUGUGCUGAAAGGCUAAGUGUGUGUGCUCCGCGUCGCGCUCUUUUCGCGCUGUGAGAUUCUAGUGCUGAAGAAUAUACAGCUGUGCAAUACCGAAACUUGUGUUGAAUCGUGUGAUCCAAUAGAUUAGCCUCACUGAACUGUGUUCUUCAGCAAAUUGGUCAACCUCUGUGGGAAAAUGAGAAAGAUGACAGAGUCGGUGGGUGCGCGCGAGAGAUGAUCCCGCUCCAAGAUGCUGGCCCCCACCUGGCCGAGAUCCGGUGUGGACUAGCGUCGCGUCGCCUACCUGGACGUGCCCGGCCGACGUAGCGGGGAUGUCCGGCGUCACCUAGCGGGCUGCCACUUCCCGUGACCUUGUUGAGUGACAUUCGUUCCCCUCCGGUGGGCCCACUUGCGUUUGUGUGAGCCGGAGGAAAGAGGGAAAUAUUUUCUGUGAGUGGAGUGAUCGAUCAGUGGAUAGUGAGUGCCCCGAGCAAGAGAGGGCAAUAGAAAGCGCCGCCAUGACGUCCACGAUCCGAGGGUACCUGACCCUCCGGCGGGGCGGCAACAAGAAGAAGAAGCAGCAGCAGCGUGGCAACAUCGCCGACCUGUUCUUCGGCGUGUCGGCCACCUCCGUCACGCCCGUCAGCCUGGUCUCGCACCGCCACUCGCGCUCCUUCCUCGAUCUGCGGGACCUCGGAGAGGACGCCUUCAAAAGAACUCUCAAAGAUGAGAUGGCCGAGGUCACCGCGGAGAUGGAGGCGCUGGAUACGGGGGAAGACAGUAAGAGCAAUCCGAAGAGUAAACAGAUGAGCAUCGGGCGCAAGAAGUUCAACAUGGACCCCAAGAAGGGAAUCGAAUACCUUAUAGACCAUGGCCUCCUUAAGAACACGCCCGAAGACAUCGCCCAGUUCCUGCAUAAGGGCGAAGGGCUCAACAAGACGGCCAUUGGCGACUACCUCGGCGAGCGCAACGACUUCAACCAGUCGGUGCUCGACGCCUUCGUCUGCCUGCACGACUUCACAGAUCUGAUCCUGGUGCAGGCGCUGAGACAAUUCCUGUGGAGCUUCCGCCUGCCGGGGGAGGCGCAGAAGAUCGACCGCAUGAUGGAGAGGUUCGCCCACCGCUACUGCGAGCUCAACCCGGCCAUCUUCAAGAACCCCGACACGUGCUUCGUGCUGUCGUUCGCCAUAAUCAUGCUGAACACGUCGCUGCACAACCCGGCCGUCAAGGACAAGCAGACCAUCGAGCAGUUCAUCGCCAUGAACCGCGGCAUCGACAACGGGGACGACCUGCCCAGAGAACUGCUCGAGAGUCUCUACGAAAGCAUCAAAACGGAGCCCUUCAAGAUCCCCGAGGACGACGGCAACGACCUCAUGCACACGUUCUUCAACCCGGACCGCGAGGGCUGGCUCAUGAAGCAGGGCGGCCGCUACAAGUCGUGGAAGCGGAGAUGGUUCAUCCUCAACGACAACUGCCUCUAUUACUUCGAGUACACGACAGACAAAGAGCCCAGAGGAAUCAUACCUUUGGAGAACAUUGAGGUUCGGGAAGUACAAGACCGCAACAAGCCGAACUGCUUCGAGUUAUAUGCCACCUCGACUGAUUUCAUCAAAGCUUGCAAGACUGACAGUGAAGGGAAGGUUGUGGAAGGCAAGCACACUGUUUACAGGAUGUCAGCUGCCACCCCAGAGGAGAAGGAGGAGUGGAUCAAGUGCAUCAGACAAAGUAUCAGUCAUAAUCCCUUCUAUGACAUGCUAGCCAAGAGAAAGAAGAAUAUUCAGAAGAAUAGCAGUCGGUAAUCAUACCCAAGAAGAAAUACGCUAAUGUUUGCUACAAUAGACUGAACAUUUUAACCCACCUGAACAAUGAGAGGCUGUGCACGAUAUUCGCUGUGGGACAUAUUUCAAGUUUUUGCCUGCAUUCUAGUGAAAAAUGCACAAGCGAGAGAGCCUGUUUCAAGUGCUUGCAUGUGAGAGAAAAUAUUAUACAGACCUAUCACAAGUGAAAUGAUGUUUCUAGUGCUCAGAGACACUGUCAAAAUGUAUAUUUGCUUGCUUGUAUUAAACGUGAAAAGUGUGGGUAAAAAGUACAGUACGCUUUAGCAGUUGCCUCUUUAACAAAGUGUUAAAAACUUUGCAGACAUGUGCGGCAACUUAAAAGAAACCACAAAGAGGUCAUUUUAAACAGGUCUCUGCUGGACAGUGUGAUCAUUGUCAUAAAAUAUAUCUUAUUCCCCGUACAACCUUGUGUCCAGUCAUGAUGUCUGCAUGAACAGAGUUUAGAAUAAUUUCUAAUUGUAAAUAUGUUUGUGAAUAGUGAAAAAUUAAAUUUUAUGAGACAUCAAGGUACUGUUAACCAGUAUCAGUCAUUGAUGCCAAGUGUUUACAAAGGUAUUGUGUAAUAGUGUAAAUAUUUGUAUGUAUUUGGCUUACUUAAUUAGUAUGUGAGGUCAAGAUAUGAAAUCUCCUGCCUCACAAUAGAGUACCAUGAUUGAAUGGAAGGCAUGUAAAAGUCAGUUUGUACCAAAUUGUGUGUUCGUAAACAUUAGAUAAAGGUUCGUAAAUGGAAUGUUAAAAGAGUGGAAGCUUGUGUGUGUGUCCAGAGUAGGUGCCAGAUGUGGCUAUAUAAUAAAGGUACUUCCAGACACCUACAGACUUUGGUGUGUUCUGAAUUAUAUAUAUAAAAUUGCUUGGUAAAUAUAAAGUGUACCCCAGUCUGGAGGUUUUGUUAUGUUUAUAAGUGAGUCUGUGAUUUACCUUUUCAUGCUGUGAGGGAGAGAGAGAGAGAAUGAAAAUGAUGAGAAUGAGAAAGAGAAAGAGAGUGAGUGAGAGUGAGGAUGAGAGAGAAAGAAUGAGAAUAAGAAUUAUGGCCCCAGGAACAGGUGUUUAGAAGUUACAUAACAUUGUAUACAUUUAUAGUUGGGGCCAAAGCACUUCACUCAUCUCACAUCGGAAACAUUCAGCCACACCAAAAUAACAUCAACAGCAGAUCCUUCAUCAAAUCCAUUUAUUGUUGUACAAAGAUCUUGUUGAUGAGCAGCGUUAUGAUGUAAGCAGUAUCUUGGUGUCGUUGUUCUCUUCUGUGGAUUUGAUAUUGUGCUGCCAAUGCUGGUGAUGGAAUAGUAACACUACUCAGGUGGUGGAUAACAACAGAUAAGUGUUGUGUAAAAGCUGGCUUACUUUUCCCCCCCCUUCAGAGAGUGAAAUACAAAAAAUAAUAAAAAAAAGAAUCAAAAUGUUACAGUUAGAUACUAUUAAACUCACAUAUUUUACCCAUUGGAUUUGUCACUACACUAGUGUAAUUUAGGAAUGAUAAAAAUGCAUGCUUCUCUCAGAAACCAUUUGAAUAGGCCAUACUUCACCCCAUUCCAUUUCCAUCUUGAGGCAUGCAUUUGAUGCUCAUGCUUAGCAAAACAACAGAACCCCCCAAAAAAUAAGAAAAAAUAGGAUUAAACUUUGAUCUUUCGCUAACCGGUUCUCUCUGUGGGUGUUUAGAAAGAUUCCCUCCUGGCAUGUGUUGAUGUUAGCGAGUCUGAUUUUGGGAACGCCACCCUUAUUUAUCACUCAUAGACAAAUCUAAUAUUUAGUUCCAUACGGCCCAAUAUCUGCAGUCGUAAUCAGUGGUGCAUGUUUCCACACAAGAUGCUUGGAUCUCAUACUUUUUCAUAUUUAUAAUCAUCUGUUAUGACAUGUGAUCCUGUUGCCAGUUACGAGCAAAUAGAAGACUCUCCCUCCACUCAUUUAGGUCAGCAUCCAAAAGCACUCCCUCCCCUGCAUCAACUCUUGGCUGAUAACUGGCAAGAGAGAAUGGCAUGUUUUUAUUGCUGUGAUGGUUAUCAUAUGGUGAGUACAUAGGACUAGAGUAUUAUCCAUACUCAGGAUAUUUUAAAAUCAUAUCUUUUCUGGUUUUUGGUACGAAGGGAUAACCAGUGACGGACUUGUCAUUGGGUUGAUAUUCAUUUGUUUGUUAUCAUCUGUAUAUUUUGUAUUUUGUUUCCCCCUUCAAUCUCAUGGUAUAUAUUGUUUAAUGUUAUUUAAUAAGAAAAGCUAAAAAACGAAAGGAAAUUCCAUGUCAUUGAUAAAGGAAAACGUUAUCAAUACAGCUACCAAAGAGAUGUUUACAAGAAUUUAAUUUCUCAUUUUGUAAAACUACAACACCUGUUAUGUAUUUUUACUGCAUCUUUCUUUUUUUCUUUUUUUUUUCCUUUUCUUUUCUUUUUUUUUUUUUUUUUUACUUUACACAUGUAAUACUAUUUAUGGCUUUCUUUUCCAAUCAACAAAUUCUUUUUAUUACUAUCCAACAGGGCACAUGUAGGUAAUAUCUGCAUGUGACCUGUCCAUUUUCAUUAGAUUUAAACUGUACAACAUUUCCCCUGUGGUCAAUGUCUAUAUUUGAUUAUGUACAGCCGUGAAAAGGUAUUUACCCAGUUGUAUAUAUUUCUGUAGGACUUUAUAUUAUUGUAAUUAAUAAAGUGAAGACGGUUU